UUCCAAAUAAUUGGAUUGCCGUCCAACCCUGUGCUUUGAGGAAUUAAUGUAUCAGUUGCCUCCUGAAGGGAACUUUUUUGUGCAGUAAAUAUCAUGGAAGAACCCAUACUGCGACCGUGGCUUUGCCGAUUGAAAUUUUAAGUGGAUCAAAUUCAAAGAAACAAUACUCUAAAUCCAUCAACAGUUAAGCAGAUUGAGACAAUUCUCAAAAGGCUUUAGUAAAGUGAGCCAAAAGGCCACAAGGUUCACCAGUCAUGGACAAUUUUUUUCCUGCUGAUGCUGAAGAUGAAUUUGAGAUGCUUCAUGCAGCAGAAAUGGAGAUGAUGAAGGAAAUGGAGAAUGAAGCAGCCUCAUCACAAAUGCAAGAUGGGCCUUGUGUAUUCAAUGGUUCCUCACAGUCAACUGUCCAAUCUUCAGCAUCUGGCAGAGUUUCACCUGUCCCAAUUGACCCAUUUGCUGUACUUUCUCAGCCAAAUGCAUCAGUUCUCCCUAAUGGCAGCUUGCUGGAGAACCGGAGUGCCAAACGGCGUUUGAUUUUAGAUGAUGAAGACACAUCUGGUUCUGACAGUAUCACUGAUUGGGCAGAAAAGUCAACUUAUAAUUCAAGAAAUAACAAGCGAAGAAAGCCACUCCUACCCAUUGUUCGGGGUUUAGUGGAUCAGACUCACACCAACAGUCAUUCAUCAUCUGCAGACCCUGACAUAGCUAUUAUAAAACGCAUUGUGCGUCACAGAGAACGUCUGCUGCAGCAGGCAUUGAUAGACAAGGGGGCUGUAGGCUCCAAUGCCAUCAUUAACAAGCCGCGUGACAUACGUUCGUGUACCAUCCACUUUCGUCUCCCUGAGGGUGGUUUUCAGGCCGUCACCAGCAAUGACGGCGACCGAAUUUAUCUCUCAUUAGAUGAAGAUGAAGACUUUCUUAAGGCAGGACAGAGGCUCACUCUUGCUCGGUGUCCAGAAAACAGUUCUUCUCACAUCAAACAAUUGCUUCAAGUUCCGUUCUCACAGCUAAAAGAGGCUGCACAAGCUGAGCUACAUCGGCAAGCUGAACGUGUAGUGCGUUCAACUGAACUUAACCAAACAACAAGCGAGUUGGAUGCUCAGGAACAAGAAGAGGAUGUUGAUGAUGAGUCUUCCCUCUGGACCGAAGUCUACAAGCCUACACAUUAUCUGCAUCUCCUGAGUGAUGAGAUGACUAAUCGAUCAGUGUUGCACUGGAUCAAACUCUGGGAUAAAUUCGUCUUUGGCAAAGAGAAGAAGCCUCGCAAACCCAAUGAGCAGGCCGCAGUCAAGAGAGAAAAUUGGAGAGAAAACAAGUUCGGCAAGUCCCAGUACCGCCAGCCAAUUCUCUUGCCCAAUCUCAACGAGGAACUCGAAGCAGACGGCCGACCAGUGCAGAAGCUGCUGCUGCUCUGCGGUGCUCCUGGUCUCGGCAAGACCACACUUGCUCACAUCAUUGCCAGACAUGCGGGAUACAGGCCUGUCGAGCUCAAUGCCAGCGACGAUAGAUCAGUCGAUGCUUUUCGUUCAAGUAUUGAGAACGCAACAAGCAUGCGGUCCGUCUUGGAUGUGGACAAGCGACCAAACUGUCUCAUUAUUGAUGAAAUUGAUGGCGCGCCUGCGCCUUCCAUCAAACUCUUGGUGAACCUCAUCUCCGGCAAGGGUUUGGGCGGCAACGCCCCAAGCAAGAAAGGAACCAAACAGAAAAUUUUCAUCCUACAGCGGCCAGUAAUCGCCAUCUGCAACGACCCCUUCGUGACAGCCCUGCGGCCUCUCAAGCCCCUGGCUCUUGUGGUUACGUUCCCUCCGACCCUCUCAACCAAGCUCGCUCAACGCCUGCAAGAGAUUUGCAACGAGCGCGGUCUCAGCACGGAUCUUACAGCGCUUUUAACUCUCGCGCAUAAGACUCGCAACGACAUCAGGUCUUGCCUGGCACUACUGCAGUUUGUCAAGAGCAAACGCGGUGCUCUGAAGUUGUCCGACAUUGAAGGUGCUGCCGUUGGGCAGAAGGAUUACCAGCAAUCGCUCUUCAGCGUCUGGAAUAACAUCUUCUCCAUACCUCGUCCUGCCAAAGCUAGACAUGUAAAUCCUCACAAUCUACCAAGCCCUACCACCGACCGUAGAGUUUCUAACUCUACCCUAGCGGACUCUAGCACAACAUUGUGCAGCACCGCAACAACAAGUACAACAAGCACCAUCGUGACACUUUCUGACCGGUACCGAGAAGUCUUGCAGUCUGCCAUGUCUUGUUCAGAAUAUGAGAAGAUACUUCAAGGGUGGUUUGAGAACUAUCCUACUUGUAAAUUCAAGCAUACGCAUUUAGAACCUGUUACUGCUGGCCUGGACUGGGCUUGUUUCCUCGAUAUGCUGCGCACAGAGAUCCAGAAAAGCCAGAGCUGGAUGUUGCAAGGCUUCCUACCUCACGUCUUUGUGUCUCUCCAUCUAAACUUUGCCUCCCACCAGCGCCCAAAAAUUACAUUCCCUGUACAGCACACAGAGCAGACAGCUGUGCAGCAGCGCACCGAGACUCUCAUCACGUCACUGCUGAACCAUAUGAACCCAUCGAGCCGAGUGUUUGCAGCAGCACCUCUUUUACUGAUGGACGUGUUGCCGUAUUUAAGUACGAUAUUGCAACCCAAUUUCAGACCCAUCAACACGCAGCUCUACAGCUCCAAGGAAAAAGCCGAGCUUCUCAGCGUCAUUGACACAAUGAUAGCUUAUAAUUUAACCUACACACAAGAGCGAUCGAAGGAAGGUCAAUAUUCCUUCGUGAUGGAACCAAAUAUUGAAGAGGUUGUACGGCUGAACAGUAACGUCAACCAUCGUCAGCUUAGCUACAUUGCUCGUCAACUCGUAGCACGAGAAGUUGAAAUGGAGAAAGUUAGAAGAUCUGAAUUAUAUUUCUCACAACAACAACAGGAGAAAAAACUUUUCAGUGAACGAAAUUCUAUUCAAACAGCCAUUGAUAAGUCUGUUGAUAAACCAUCUCCCCUUGUAAAAAAUCCUUGUGAUGCUCUGCCUGGUGAUAAUUCAAUGGUUUGCAGCGAGGAAUCAUCUGCGCGGUCCGAUAAGAAAUCAUUGUUUCAAAAGAAUAAAUCACUUUGUGCUAACAUUCCUUCAAAAUCUACUCCCGGAGAUGAUGUUGCAAAGGAUGAUGCUUCUGAAAUAAUCAGUAGUCAAGGCAGCAAUGACGACGAAAGUGUUCCUAAUCAUCUCCGCAAACUGGUUGCCAAGCCACUCCUAAAACUUCCUGAAACCAAAAUGCCUCGGGAUUUUUUCGGUCGUGUCAUGCAGUCAUCUUUGUCGCAACAAAAUAAAGCUACGAACGACAUCGUGAAGAGUACAGUGUGGUUCCGUUUCAAAGAAGGAUACAGCAAUGCUGUCAGGCGUUCAGUCAAGAUGAAGGAUCUCGUCUGAAAUUUGGUUCUCUCUGUCGGCACUUAUUAUUGAUAUGAUUCGUUUUCUUGCAAUUAUGCUAGUUUAUAUCUAUGUUAUUAGUGCUGGUGUGUCUAUCACAUUGUUGUUCUCUUCUUGGACUCGGUUCUACUCUUCUUCUCUGUAAACAAAGAAACAUGAAGUACUAAUUCUAGUAUCUUUUCUCUAUAUACGUAUACAUGCUUGCAAGUAAUUUCUGCUUUAGGAUUAUAAUUUUAACAUAAAAUGAUGUCUCGUGAAUCAAUACUCUAAAAUUAAAAUAAACAUUCGCAAACGCAAGAUUCUCUAUAAAUUUUUAAUUGACCGUUUUGUCGUCGAAUUUGGGCAUUAACGAUCAAAAGAACUGGUAAAAGAGCUCUAGUUAACGACUCGGGAGGCAGGAAGAAAAAGUUGCUCCACUCUGGUUUUGAUCCAAAACGCUCCUCCAAAAUUCUAGAAUUACCGUAGCAAAUUUAACGGACAUCGCCCAGUCCAAAGACUGCAAGCUUCUGGCAGAAAAAAUUGCGACCAACUUAGCUGCGAACCACAUGUGAACAUUUUUUUUCCUCGCUCCGAAUUUACGAACAAUUAAUUUUUUUUGCGAUUUGAUUCCUAAUGUUAAUACGUCGAAAUACUCGGUAAGAUUUGGAAGUGUUAAUAUUUUCAUAGUUUUCAGAAUAAAACACAUUUAUGAAAUUAUAUAUGGCUGGCUUCUCAUUACUGCACGCACUGUCUUGAUCGUCCGCUGGAUCCCGAACCGCGAUUUUCAUCAGGAUAUAUUUGCAUAAAUCAGCGCUACAGCAUAAACUUGGAGCCGAGCUGACUUGAGUGAGAACAAGCAUUUAUAAAGGUCUAAUUUGUUCACAUGAUGUUAAACUUCUGGCUUGGUAAAUUGUUUGAAUAUUUCCUU